GCCAGUGUCUGUAGAACCCCACAGUACUGAGCCAGUGCCCGUACAUCACCACAGUACCGCGUCUGUGCCCGUACAACGCCGCAGUACCUCGUCCGUGCCUGUACAACACCACAGUACUGAGCCAGUGUCUGUAGAACCCCACAGUACCGAGUCUGUGCCUGUAGAACACCACAGUACCGCGUCUGAGCCUGUACAACACCACAGUACCGAGCCAGUAGCAGAACAUAAUGGCACACCUGAGUCGGUGCUAAAACCGAACUACUAUACGCAGAUUUACGUACCGCGCACCUUUACUACAGGAGGUGACCUGACUACAGUGCUGCCCUCUAUCACUGCGAUCUUGGGCGGGUCAAUCUCACGAGAUGUCGAGUCGUUGACAACGACAGCUGUGUCGAGUUCUGUGAGAAAGAACACUUUUAGUUGGCAAUCGCAAGGGGUUGCAAGCACGCGUGCAGACGUAUCAACGCAGAGAUCUGUGCCAAAGGUAACACGGCCGCAAUCAUCUACCUCGUCCUUAGAAAGCGCGGCAGCAGAAACACAUAGAGGCGGAGUAGAAUUUGUGAGCGAAGCCAGCAAAACCGAAGCACCUGCGUUCGUGUCAGAAGUACCGGUAACAACCUCUAGUUGGGAGACAUUAGCAAUUGAUCCAAGUAGAAAGACUACAUACCGACCUGGGAGAAUGGUGGGCACGACAACUACACGGAACGUCGUUAGUACGACCAGUGGACGUGGGCUCGUCGAGAAGGUUGCGCUAGACAUCGGCAGGAAUCGCCCUGUUUCCUCUUCGCCGCAUCUAGAAGAAGAUAGUACCGCACCUAGCGGACUACCAAUUGAACCGUCAGGUACUGAAGCUGCGGGCAGCUAUAGAGAGAAGGCGGGUGCUGGGGAGUCGCUUCGUCCAAGCAGCGUAGAGCGGAUGUGCUCGCGAGGCGAUGUCUCCAAUUGCCGUGUCUGGAACAGCGAGUGGUGUAGCACAGGAGCUAGUGUGCAAGGAGUGUGCGUGUGCAUGCCGGGCUACGCCCGGAAAGCAACGACGAGCGAGUGCCUAGAGUCGCGUUCGUACACGCUUCUCAUUCGACUCUAUCGAUAUGACGGAAAGCUGUUGCGCUUCACGCGCGUCUACGAAGACACAAACUCCGCAGAAUACAUCAAGAUGAAGAUAUUAUCGGAGAACGCUAUUAGCAGUGCCUACGGGCUACGUGACGCGGUGGCGCAACACUUCCUCGGCGCCGUCGUCGUCGGAUUUCUACCUGGCAGUCUCAUCGUCAACACAACCGUCAGUGUCGCCAGCCGCUCACGAGUGAAAGCCUCAGAUCUCGUCACCGAAUUGCAGCGCUCCCUACUGGCGACAAACAACAGAGUCGGCAGCAGUAAGCUGUUUGUCGCCAGUCCCGUUGACGCCGUGGCUAGGAUCGAAGAUUACGACGAAUGCGCCGACUCUAGUCAAAACGACUGUUCUAAGAACGCAUACUGCCUCAACGAGGACGGUUCCUUCACGUGUGCCUGCGCGAGGGACCACGUCGAUGAAUCACCGGCCCCGGCCAAUCGUCCCGGACGUAUAUGCGUUCCCAGCGGCGAGCUGCAAUGUCCAGCCGCCAACUGCAAUAAUAAUGGACGUUGUCGCCUGAACAAUGGCGUCGAAGACUGCGUGUGUGAAGACUGGUAUAUAGGAGGAAACUGUCAGCUAAAUGUUCGUGUGAUACUCAUAUGUGGUGGCGCCACUAUCGCGGCUCUCACGGUUUUGACACUGCUAGUAUGCGGGUUUUGUUGCUACAGACGACAGUAA